UACAGUGCACGAGAGAGACUGGUAAGCCCUAGGAAGAGCUUUCAUUCAUGGCAUUCGGUGCAAUUGCCACCAACUCCUCAUCUUUAAUAAAAAAGAAUGAGUCGGGUCUCUCUUCUUUCUUUUCAUCUUCUUCACGCAUUCAAAUAUCCAAGAGAAGUGGUUCCAAGAAAGUUGUUUCAGUCAUGGCACCACCGCAGACACAGCGUCCCCCUGCAGCCACUGGUUCAGUGAAAACCGCUAUGACAAUGACUGAGAAGAUCUUGGCAAGGGCGUCUGAGAGGUCCCAACUGGACCCUGGAGAAAAUGUUUGGGUGAACAUUGACGUCUUGAUGACCCAUGAUAUUUGUGGGCCUGGAACAAUUGGGAUCUUCAAAAGAGAGUUUGGCAAGAAUGCAAAGGUUUGGGACCGUGAGAAGAUUGUAAUUAUUCCUGAUCAUUAUAUAUUCACAAGUGAUGAACUUGCAAAUCGUAAUGUGGAUAUCUUGAGGGAUUUCUGCAUGGAGCAAAACAUCAAGUACUUCUACGAUAUCAAAGAUCUUAGUAAUUUCAAGGCUAACCCGGAUUAUAAAGGUGUAUGCCAUGUUGCCCUUGCCCAAGAAGGUCAUUGCAGGCCUGGAGAGGUCCUGCUGGGUACUGACUCCCACACGUGCAAUGCUGGGGCAUUUGGCCAGUUUGCUACUGGAAUUGGAAAUACUGAUGCUGGUUUUGUAAUGGGUACUGGAAAGCUUCUUCUGAAGGUGCCCCCAACACUGAGAUUUGUAAUGGAUGGUGAGAUGCCCGAUUAUCUGCUUGCAAAGGAUUUGAUUUUGCAAAUUAUCGGUGAAAUUACUGUCUCUGGGGCAACUUACAAGUCCAUGGAGUUUGUUGGCUCUACUGUUGAGAGUUUAACUAUGGAAGAAAGGAUGACAUUGUGCAACAUGGUUGUUGAAGCUGGGGGUAAAAAUGGUGUUGUGCCAGCUGAUAAUACCACUUUUAAAUACCUUGAGGAUAAGACAUCGAAAGCUUUUGAACCAGUAUACAGUGAUGAACAAGCAAGAUUUUUAUCCGAGUAUAGAUUUGAUGUCUCCAAAAUAGAGCCUUUGGUGGCAAAGCCUCAUUCUCCAGAUAAUCGUGCUUUAGCUAGAGAAUGCAAAGAUGUGAAGAUAGACAGAGUAUAUAUAGGCUCGUGCACUGGUGGAAAGACUGAGGAUUUUCUUGCCGCAGCCAAAGUUUUUCUAGCAUCAGGGAAAAAGGUCAAAGUGCCAACUUUUCUUGUACCUGCUACCCAAAAGGUUUGGAUGGAUAUCUAUGGUAUUCCAGUUCCAGGAUCUGGUGGAAAGACUUGCUCGCAGAUUUUCGAAGAAGCUGGUUGUGAUGUGCCUGCAAGUCCUAGCUGUGGAGCUUGUUUAGGUGGCCCAAGGGAUACAUAUGCACGCAUGAAUGAACCUCAGGUUUGUGUCUCAACCACAAACAGGAACUUCCAUGGUCGAAUGGGGCACAAGGAAGGGCAAAUAUAUCUGGCUUCCCCAUAUACAGCAGCAGCAUCUGCUUUGACUGGUUUUGUCACUGAUCCAAGAGAGUUCUUGCAGUAAUCACCUCAAACCAAUUAUUAUGUAUGUUACCAUUAUUUUGUGUCAGUUAAAAUUAUGUUGCGGAGUAAUGAGGGUAUCUGUU